AUGUUAUUAUCCUUUAUAGUUAUUAUAUUAAUAUUUUUCUUUAUAUGGAAUUUUAUUGUACCAUUUUUAGUUAUUAAAAUAAAAAAUGAUCAAAAUUUAAAAUCAAAAUAUAAAAAUUGUAAAUGGGCAUUAGUAACAGGUGGCAGCUCUGGUAUCGGUAAAGAAAUUUGUGAAAGAUUGUUGGCUCAAGGAAUAUCCGUGGUCAUUGUAUCGAGCAGUGGCAAUGGAUACACCAAUAAACUUUUAGAAAAAUACAGCAAAGGUCCGGUUAGAGUCAAAUUAAUAACAUUAGACCUAUCCCAAAAAGAAUCAUGUAAAAAGCUAAUCAAAGAGAUUGAGGACGAUAAUCAAAUCGAAAAGGAAACAUUAAAGCUAUUGUUCAACAAUGUUGGUUAUUUAACAAUGGAGGCAUUUAAUCAAACUACAAUAGAGGCUAAAAUGGAAAUGAUUCAAUGUAAUGUUUUAACAGCAGUAGAAUUAACUGAUUAUUUUUAUAAACAACUCAUUAAAAAUAAGAGUAAUGAUAGCAGUGAUUCCAAUGGUGCAAUUUUAUUUACAUCAUCCAUCACUGGUCUUUGCCCAACACCAUUUUCAGCAAUGUAUGCAAGUGGAAAAUCAUUUAUAACAUGUUUUGCAAAAUCAUUGGCAAUUGAAUCUCGUUAUCAUGGUAUCGAUGUAUUAGUGGUUCAACCUGGCUUAGUAAAUACAAAUUUAUUUUUAGAAGUACCUAAACAUUUAAUUUUUUCCAUUUUACGUUUAGUCGGUCAAGAACCAUCUCAAAUUGUUGAUAUUAUGUUUAGAGGCUUAGGUACUUUGGGAUUUGUAGUUUAUAAUGGUGGAAUAUUUGGUCUAGUUUCAGAUUUGUGUUGCUCAAUAUUAGGAAUCAAUUUUAUGUUAAAUGUUGUUUAUUACAUUUCAAAUUAUUUAUUAAAAGAUUUUAAUUGUUAUAAAUAUAAUAAU